GCUGUUUUAUUGAACCAGAAGGAGGAGAGUUGAGAAUCUAAUGAGAUGGACCUGUAAAGGAGGAUCAUGGAACAGAAGGGUGUCAGCUUUCCUGAGGUCCUUCAUCAGAACAGACCGACUCCACAGCAGAAGCAGCAGAAUGAGAGCUUCGUCAGCUGCAGCAGCCAUGAUCCUGCUCCUCAUUCAAGGAGCAGCACCAAUCUGCACAGCUAAGCGUCUAGGCAGCAGCACAGGAAGGUUUGCCAACGCCACACUGGUGCGUCUGUCGGAGUUUCUAAGUGCUGGUUAUAAGAAAGGAGUGAGACCAGUAAAGGACUGGAGAACAUCUACUAUUGUUGCCAUUGACCUCAUGGUUUACUCCAUUCUCAAUGUGGAUGAAAAGAACCAGGUUUUGACGACAUAUGUGUGGUACAGACAAUCAUGGACUGAUGAAUUUCUGGUCUGGGACCCAGAAGACUUUGAUGAAGUCAAACAACUGUCUUUACCCACAGCGAAUGUUUGGGUUCCUGAUAUUCUAAUCAAUGAGUUUGUUGACGUGGGGAAGUCACCUGAUAUCCCUUACGUCUACGUGACACAUGAUGGUCUGGUUCGAAACUACAAGCCCAUACAGGUUGUGACGGCGUGUACUCUCAACAUCUACAACUUUCCAUUUGAUGUGCAGAAAUGUAGCCUGACCUUCCAGAGUUGGCUUCACACCAUCAAUGAUAUCAACAUCACACUGAUGAGGAGCCCCGAGGAGCUCCGGGAAGACAAGAGUGUCUUCAUGAACCAAGGAGAGUGGGAGCUGCUCCACAUUCUCUCCAACUACAAGAUCUUUAGUGUGGACAAUGAUGAUUACUACGCUGAGAUGAAGUUCCAUGUCGUGAUCCGGCGUCGCCCCCUGUUCUACACCGUCAACCUGCUGCUGCCCAGUAUCUUCCUGAUGGUGAUGGACGUGGUUGGUUUCUAUCUGCCACCGGACAGUGGAGAGAGGGUUUCUUUCAAGAUCACACUAUUGCUGGGCUACUCAGUCUUCCUCAUUAUUGUAUCAGACACUCUGCCUGCCACUGCCAUAGGAACGCCACUGAUAGGUGUUUACUUCGUUGUCUGCAUGGCUCUCUUGGUGAUCAGUCUCACAGAAACUGUGCUGAUCGUACGUCUGGUCCAUAAGCAGGAUCUGCAGCCCCCGGUGCCUCACUGGGUAAAGUACCUGGUGCUGGAGAGAGCUCCGGUACUGUUCUGCAUCCACAAAAAGCACCGUCUCUGCUCCAGACUUUCUUCUCAUACCUCGGACCUGGAACACUAUAAGGACAGCAGCUAUGGCACUGCUCGGUGCAGCCAACACCUCCACCACACCUGUGAGAUCGGUCAGAGGCUCAGCCAUCACGACAGGGAGGCCGGACUGUUGGGCAUGAAUCGGCCUCUGCCCAGGGAGCCUACUCCACCCGUCAUGGACAACAUCCUGCAGGAGGUGACGGCCAUUCGACACUUCCUGGAGAAGAGGGACCGGUGCCGGGAAGUGGCCAAGGAGUGGCUACAGGUGGGAUACGUGCUGGAUGUGUUGCUCUUCAGGGUCUACCUGGUGGCCAUGGUGGCCUACAGCAUCACACUGGGCACUCUGUGGUCAGUGUGGCAGGUGGCCUGAGUCCUGCGGCGGCGGCGGCGGCAGCAGCACUGUAG